AUGACCUCAAACAGCUCACUGGUUGGCAGUGAUCUCAUGCAGCAACAGAUUAAGGCCAUUAUUGUGCAGAUCCUGGUGAUGAUUUUUCUUUGCAUCAACUUGCUGCUCAUCAUAACCUUUUAUACUAAGGAGUGCUUUUACACCACUCCACGCUACAUCUUAUUUGCUGUAACCUUACUAUCUGAUAGCUUGUUGUUAUUCAUGUCUGAUGUCCUUCUCAUCUUUACCUAUUUUUAUUUAACCAUGCAAGUGUGGCUGUGUAUCAUUAUCUCCAUUCCUAUUCUUCUGUACCUUGUAGUCACACCAGUUACUCUGACAGCAAUGACCCUGGAGCGCUAUGUGGCCAUUUGCGUGCCCCUGCGCCAUGGAGAGCUGUGCUCCACACGCAAUACAAUGCGCAGUAUCCUCAUUAUUCAUGGUCUCAGCUCUGUGCCCUGCAUUGUUGUUCUCUGCACCUUAUUUGCAUCAGCAUCUCUUAGUUUUUACAAGCAGCACAGUUUAUGCUUUGUUGAGAUAUUCUUUUUGUACAGGUGGCAGGAUCACGUCAGGUCAGCCAUGUAUCAGUUUUACUUUUUGAUAAUGUGCAUCAUCAUUGUUUUCUCCUAUGUUACGAUAAUGAAAGUGGCCAGAGCUGCAUCAGGAGAGGAUAAAAAGUCAACAAGGAAAGGGCUCAGAACAGUUCUUCUUCAUGGUUUCCAGCUGCUGCUCUGUCUCAUCCAGCUGUGGUGUCCAUUCAUAGAAACUGCUGUACUUCAGAUUGAUUUCAGGUUAUUUAUAAAUGUCAGGUACUUUAACUACAUAAUGUUUCGUCUUGCUCCCAGAUGUCUGAGUCCUCUUAUUUAUGGUCUCAGAGAUGAAACAUUUUUUCAUGCGCUGAAAAACAAUGUCUUCUUUUGCUUCUUUAAAAGAAACGUGUGA